AUGGUUUCUGCAGUCUGUGUACCCAGUCGGGUUCUGCUGCAGCUCCACCCUCCUGGGCGUUUGCCCUUUACCCGCUCCCAACCCUCCCAACAGUGGGACCCCUUGCCCAUGGAGGAGAUGAAGUACCUGGAGCUCUACCUGGACCAGUGCGCCCACCAGGAUGAUCUCGCCCCGCCCCCACCUGGGUCACCCCUGCUCAGCCUAGUUGGGCCUGACAAUGUGUACAAACCAAAUUCAUCCAAUCCAGAGACUGUGUUUAAUUCACAUCUUGAAGAAGUCAAAGAGACAUCUGGCAGUUUCUCAUCUGUGGAAGUCUGUAGCUUCCUACCAGAUGAACUUACCCAAGAAAAUAAAGACCAGGCUGUCAUUAGAAGCAAGCGUGAAAUUGAAGAAAAUUGUAAAAUUCAAAAUCAGCAAAGUAGAUUGCGGUUACCCAGCAAACAGGAUAUUGGCCUGGGCUUAUUAAACAGCAGCAGUUUGUCAAAUUGCUGUUCACACCUGCGCCCUACCAAUGGUAACUCAGUCCAGCUCUCUCCUGAGAAACCAAGCUCUUUGCCUCUGGCAUCCAUAACUCCCAUGAUACCAAUGACCCCUGUUUCCGAAUGUUCUGGAAUUGUGCCUCAACUACAGAAUAUAGUUUCCACUGUAAAUCUGGCCUGUAAAUUAGAUCUGAAGAAAAUAGCUUUGCAUGCAAAAAAUGCAGAAUAUAACCCAAAGAGGUUUGCUGCUGUCAUAAUGAGGAUCCGAGAGCCCAGGACAACAGCCCUCAUAUUUAGCUCUGGGAAGAUGGUCUGCACAGGAGCCAAGAGUGAAGACCAGUCUCGACUUGCAGCCCGAAAGUAUGCUCGUGUGGUGCAGAAGCUCGGAUUCCCUGCCAGAGUCCUUGAUUUUAAAAUUCAGAACAUGGUUGGAAGCUGUGAUGUGAGAUUUCCAAUCAGGCUGGAAGGUUUGGUGCUAACUCAUCAGCAGUUCAGUAGUUAUGAACCUGAACUGUUUCCUGGCCUUAUUUAUAGAAUGGUAAAACCACGAAUUGUAUUGCUUAUCUUUGUAUCUGGAAAAGUUGUGUUGACAGUUUUAGCCAAAUUUAAAAGCAUUCAUAGCGAAUUAAAGAAAUUCCCUUGUUUUGUUCCCGUCCGUUUCCCCAGAAUCCUUAGAGCAUCGUACUACUAUUUCUUGCACAAGUCUGGGGCAUUAACUUAUAGUUUUAGCAUGAUCGAUCGAAUGAUGACAUUUUAUUUGGCUGACUCGCUCCUCUAG